UCUCUCUCUCUCUCUCUCUCACACACACACACACACACACACACACACACACACACACACACACACACACACACACACACACACACACACACACACAAAGAGUCCACAAAACGAAUAUAUAUAUAUAUAUAUAUAUAUAUAUAUAUAUAUAUAUAUAUGUACACUAGGUUCGUGGAGUGGAGAAGUGAUCGGCGUUUGCUACAGGUAGUACUGCCCUCAGAUCCAGCUAUUUCACCCUGUAGUAAAAAGCUGAUCAACUUCUCCUGAGCUUGUUACCGCUUGAAGGCGUAACGCUAGACACCAGACCAAGGACCACCUGCUGUAAAGAUUCAUUGUAGGGAGAGUCCGGCUCUGAAGCGCGCAUACAUUUCAGCACCUUGGACAGCGCGCGGCGCCGCAGUGGCAACGUGUGGAUUCAACCGGUGGCUUUAAGCCACAGCAGUAGUGUGAGGGGACUGUGUGACUGAAUGUUGCAUAAAAACUCUUUCCGUUCCACAUGUGGGAAAGGGCUGGCUCUCUGGAUCACUCGGACUAGUGAUUUUUCGUUCUUUCCAACACAGACCGUCGAUUCCAUCGUGUGGGUAGGCGUGCCGUUGGAUGCGUGGUUGACUCCAGAAGCCGUGCCGAGCAGCGUGGAAUAGGUGACUGUGAAGCGGGCGGAGUGGUGUAGUGGUUGUGCCUAAGAGACCCUCCAUUUAUAAGGAUGCUGGUGGGAAAUGCCUGGAGACAGAGAUGACGAGAUUUGUCAAAAGGCACUUGAACUCCUGUCAGAUCUUUGUUCGAAGGGGGACGUGCAAAACGAGCACUGCUUGGAUUUUAUCUACUAUUUCCGAGACCUUGCCAGGCCACGCUAUACGGAUUCAGACAUAUCGGUGAGUCUGUUGUCACUGGUCGUGACUGCCUGUGGCUUGGCCCUCUUUGGGGUUUCCCUCUUUGUCUCUUGGAAGCUCUGCUGGAUACCAUGGAGAGAGCGUGGGCUUUCCCCAACCACCAAGGAGGCCCAUGGGCACCUCAACCCCACCAUGAGCCCUUUGCACCCGCAGCCUGCACCCAGGCAGCCAGUUUACACAGCCGUCGACCCCCCGGCGCACAACCGCCGUGAGUCGUCACACUGCUCUAUCGCCAGAGAGCCCACUCCUGUGGCGUCUGUGGUAUCAGUGGAGGCUCCGGUGACUCCUGUAUCACCACCGCCUGUGGUCUUGGCCACACCAGAGGCAGCUAUGAAGAUCAGUCAUACAUCUCCAGACAUCCCACUGGAUGCCCAGAGUAAAACCCGGGAAAAUGGGGUUCACACUAACCCUCGUAUGCAGAGACAGACCACUGAACCCCCACCCUCUGGCCACUCAAUGUCUGAAAUUGGACAAGGGUCCAUUCGCAGACAUAUGAACCUGUCUAACCCAGACUUCAAUGUGGCCCAAUUCCAAAGGCAGGACUCCCUCACAGGAAUGGGGCUGGGCCUCGGGCGCCUCAAACCUGAGCUCUACAAACAGCGAUCCCUUGAGGGAGAUGAAGGUAAUCGCAGGGGUGGGGGCUGUGGGCGCCUCCAUUUCAUCCUCAAAUUUGACUGCGACCAGGAACAGUUGAUAGUUAAGAUCCACAAAGCAGAGGAUCUCCCAGCCAAGGACUUCUCUGGUACCUCUGACCCUUAUGUUAAGAUCUACCUACUCCCUGAUCGUAUGACCAAACACCAGACCAAGGUGCACCGCAAGACGUUGAACCCUGUGUUUGAUGAGGUCUUCCUGUUUCCUGUGGCGUACUCUGAGCUUCCCACACGUAAGCUACACUUCAGCGUCUAUGACUUUGACCGAUUUUCACGCCAUGAUAUUAUCGGCCAAGUGGUUGUGGACAACUUCCUGGAUCUGGCAGAUUUCCCCAGGGAGACAAAACUCUGCAGGGAAAUCCAAUAUGUCUCCACGGAUAAUGUGGACCUUGGUGACCUGAUGUUUUCCCUCUGUUACUUGCCUACUGCGGGCAGAUUAACCAUUACCAUGAUAAAGGCUCGCAAUCUCAAGGCUAUGGAUAUCACCGGUGCAUCUGAUCCAUAUGUGAAGGUUUCACUAAUGUGUGAAGGUCGCAGACUGAAGAAGAGGAAGACGUCGACGAAGAGGAACACUUUGAAUCCAGUCUAUAAUGAGGCCAUUGUCUUUGAUGUCCCUCCAGAAAAUAUAGAGCAGAUCAGCCUUUUGAUUGCAGUGAUGGACUAUGACCGUGUAGGCCAUAAUGAGGUCAUUGGCGUGUGUCGAGUUGGCAACGAUGCAGACAGCCUCGGUCAAAGCCACUGGAGUGAAAUGCUCACAUAUCCACGAAAACCUGUCGCCCACUGGCAUCCUCUCGUUGAGUACCAGGGGACCGCAGGUAGUAGCCAGGGAGGAUCCUGUAAUUCUCUGAAGACACCUCCUUCUCCGUAGCCUUGAGCAACAAUCCACAUAAAAGGGCCCCAAUCAACCUGAAGCCUCGGCUAUACCUUUCAGACAGUAGUGCUGCUGAGACAAAUAUGGUCCUAAAAGAAGAAUGCAGAUGUCGAUAAACUACUGAUAGAAAAGAGACACAAACUGUCUUGAGCUCUGCUCAGCUGGAUCAGUUGCAUGUUGAAUGACCACAAAGAUGGAUGUUUUCUUUUCUAUAAUGUCCCAUAAGAAAAACAACAGGCAUAUGCAGACAUUUUAAGUCUGUGCUAUUCCUGGGUUUAUACAGUAGUUACUGUUUUUUACAUAGUCUUGUUACUUGUUUUAUUGAGGUGAGUCUGUAUUUGCACAAUGUACUUACAACCAGUUGAACUGCCAUAAUGUUUUUUAAUUUGGUGGUGAAUUGGUGCAUGAGGUCAUGGUUUAAUGGCAUAUCUUCUCCUUGUCUGUUUGUUUUUGUUUCUAUUUUUGGGAAUACGGCGUGUUGUUCUGUCGGUUGAUGUGCAGUGACGGUUAAUUUCUAGACAAAAUAUCUGUAAGCAAAAUAUGUUAAAUGUUAUCAAUAAAUAUUAUUACAUAAAAGAAACAACCAUUGUUGAUCUUUGCCAGUUCAAAAUUUUAAAAUCUGUGAAACAAUAAAAUAUGAAAAGUCAAAUCUAAAAUGAGUUGGAAAACAAUUAUAUUGUGAGAAUGUUGUAAUUUAUUUUCUACCGUGUCAAUUCAAUUAGUGUAUUAGACGUACAAUCCCUAAAAAGGCAUCCAAGUAGAUUUCUGAACAGGAAAGAAAGGCUGCAUGUGUAAGCAGAUUAUGAAUGCCUGUAGGCACAGCUCUGAAAUGAAACUUUAAGGAAAAAAAAAAAAAAAACCUUGGAUACAUAUCACACAUUUUCUAUGGUUCCCCUUGCAGUGAGCAAUCAAUUUAAUUUUAGACUAUACUCUGGACUAUGUACUCAAAUGUGUUGCUCAUAAGGUGGCAAGAUGUUGGUGAGCAUUAAAGUGGGAUUCAAACUGACCCUUUAGACACUGAUGGAUGGGUACAGCAUGUAGCUCUGUAUUGCACGUAAACAGGAAGUGAUUGUAAGUUAGAUAUGGAGUAGUAGAUGCUUUUUGCAUCUGGGAGUUUUUCUGACUCCUUAAGUGAAGCUAGUAGCAGUCACAAGGAACUUAAUUAUCCUGUUUUAAUAGUUUCCCCCCACCUUAUUCCAAUUAAGAACAGUUAGUUCCCCUCAUCCUCAUUUCUCAUUUUAUUUGCAUAAAUUGCUUCCAGCCAGCACUUCUGUCUACUGUGCCUGUAGUGAGGUUAGGCGUCUGCUGUUCUAUUUGCCCGGCUUGUUGGUGAGAGGCCAGCCCUGGCAGUGAGUGAAUGUCACAUUAAAAUGCUGUAACUGCAAUAAAAUGUCUUUCAUUUAUUAUUACAUGCACAGACUAUAUCCUUCAGGCUACACAAAGUAUGCUGUUUUAAUGGAGCAUUCAAAAGUGCAGUAAGCACAAUCCUCAGAGCAAUUGCAUUUUAGAAACAACCAGAGGAAGUGAGCUUAAAAUACUGAAAUGCCAUUUUCCUAUUUUCAUCAAAACAUAUUCCAACAAUACAAAAAUGUUAUUUGCUUUCAAAUUGUGGUAGACAUCUUGGUGUGUUGAAUGUAAGUUAAACGAUAUUCCACUUAUCAUGUUUGUGAUUGUUGUAUUAAGACAUAAAAGUAAAAGGCCCAGUAAAAAGAGUUUGUAAAAUAAUAAAAGAAGAGGAAAAUAUUUUUAAGAUGCUGUAGGACCAAAUAAAAUGUCAUGAAGGGCAUUUUGUAAAAAGGUCAGUUGUGGAUAAAAUACAUACAUUAAAUGCAAAAUUAUGAGCAUAUAGUUUCACACUGGGGGACAUAUAUAACCCAUAUAUCAUAUUUUAGUUAAAAUGAAAGAGGCCAAAAUGAACAAUGUCUGUCUUGCUUUCUUUUAACUGAGGCAAGUUCUAACCACCAGCACUUUAAUGUCAAGAGUUGUCAUGAGCUCAAUCUGAUAAUGCCUUGUACUUCAUGGAUAAUAAAUUCAUGUGCUAGCCAAUUUCA